GACCAAAGUUGACCGGAAUCUAGCUCGUGAUUAAAAGACAAUACUACCACUGACGACUACUCGAAUUCACCGUAAAACCACAAGAAAAGUCCACCGUGGAUGGAUCAUUCAGUUAUAUAAAACUCAUAGCCGAAAGAAACUAAACGGAUCAGGUAAAAACGACGUAGUUUCAUUAUUAAAAGACUUCGGAAUUUCCGAGGAGAGACAUGCCCUUCAUCGGCGGCAACACCCGCCGUAGUCCCCCCGGCAGCGGAGGCGGAAGCGGCUGGGGCCAAUCCCUUCUCCCAACAACAGCCUCAUCCAAAUCCAAACUCCCGAUCAAUCGAAAACCACGGAAACGAACAGCUCUCGUAAACUUCCUCUUCACCAACUUCUUCCUCGUCGCUCUCGCCGUCUCCCUCCUCUUCCUCCUCCUCACGCUCUUCCACUUCGGCGUCCCGAAACCGAUCUCCUCCCGCUUCCUCUCCUCCUCCUCCUCUUCCAGAUCCAACCGAUUCGCAAAGCCGCGGAAGAGUAUCACCAACCGAAGGCACGUAAACAAUUCACUCUCCGUCGCCGCCGUGGUGGAUAUCACUACCAAGGAUCUGUACGAUAGGAUCGAGUUCAAGGACGUAGACGGAGGUCCGUGGAAGCAAGGGUGGCAAGUGACGUAUAAAGGAGACGAGUGGGAGAAGGAGAAGCUGAAGAUCUUCGUGGUGCCUCACUCUCAUAACGAUCCUGGGUGGAAGCUGACGGUGGAAGAGUACUAUCAGUUACAGUCGAGGCAUAUUCUCGACACCAUCGUCGAGACUUUAUCCAAGGAUUCUAGAAGGAAGUUUAUAUGGGAGGAGAUGUCGUAUCUGGAGAGAUGGUGGAGAGACGCUUCGCCGGGUAAGCAGGAGGCUUUGAGUAGUUUGGUUAAGAACGGGCAGUUAGAGAUCGUUGGAGGUGGUUGGGUGAUGAAUGAUGAGGCUAAUUCACAUUAUUUUGCUAUAAUUGAACAGAUCGCAGAGGGUAAUAUGUGGCUGAACGACACAAUUGGGGUCAUUCCUAAGAACUCAUGGGCUAUAGAUCCCUUUGGCUAUUCGUCAACUAUGGCUUAUCUCCUCCGGCGUAUGGGUUUUGAAAACAUGCUUAUUCAGAGGACUCAUUACGAGCUCAAGAAAGAGCUUGCCCUGAAUAAGAAUCUGGAAUAUAUUUGGCGUCAGAGUUGGGAUACCAUGGAGACAACAGAUAUUUUUGUUCACAUGAUGCCUUUCUAUUCAUACGAUAUCCCACACACUUGUGGUCCAGAGCCUGCAAUUUGCUGUCAGUUUGAUUUUGCUCGGAAGCGGGGAUUCAAAUAUGAACUUUGUCCAUGGGGAAAGCACCCAGUGGAGACCACACAAGACAAUGUGCAGGAGAGGGCAUCAAAGCUUCUGGAUCAGUACAGGAAAAAAUCCACCCUUUAUAGAACCAAUACCCUUCUUAUACCUCUUGGAGAUGAUUUUCGUUACAUCAGUAUGGAUGAAGCCGAGGCUCAGUUUCGUAACUACCAGAUGUUGUUUGAUCACAUCAACUCUGAUCCUAGUCUAAACACAGAGGCAAAGUUUGGCACUCUGGAUGAUUAUUUCAGAACGCUUCGACAAGAAGCUGAUAGAGUAAAUUAUUCUCGUCCCGGUGAGGUUGGCUCUGGUCAGGUUGUUGGUUUCCCUUCUCUCUCAGGUGACUUCUUUACAUAUGCAGAUAGGCAACAAGACUAUUGGAGUGGCUAUUAUGUUUCAAGGCCUUUCUUCAAAGCUGUUGAUCGUGUGCUUGAGCAUACCCUUCGUGGAGCUGAGAUCAUGAUGUCGUUUCUGUUAGGUUAUUGCCAUCGAGUUCAGUGUGAGAAAUUUCCGACAAGUUUUGCGUAUAAGUUAACUGCUGCUAGAAGGAAUCUAGCUCUUUUCCAGCACCAUGAUGGGGUAACUGGAACUGCUAAGGAUCAUGUGGUACAAGAUUACGGCUCCCGGAUGCAUACUUCAUUGCAAGACCUUCAGAUCUUUAUGUCUAAAGCAAUCGAAGUUCUCCUUGGGAUCCGCCAAGGGAAAGACAAAUCUGAUCAGUCCCCAUCAUUCUUCGAGGCAGAGCAAGUGCGAUCCAAGUAUGAUGCUCAGCCGGUUCACAAGCCAAUUGCUGCGCGUGAAGGAAACGUACACGCAGUUAUACUCUUCAAUCCAUCGGAACAGACGAGAGAGGAGGUAGUGAAUGUAGUUGUCAACCGUGCUGAAAUCUCGGUUCUGGACUCAAACUGGACUUGUGUCCCUAGCCAGAUUUCUCCUGAAGUGCAGCAUGACAAAACCAAACUGUUCACCGGCAGACAUCGCCUUUACUGGAAAGCUUCCAUUCCAGCUCUUGGUCUGAGAACGUAUUACAUUGCUAAUGGCAAUGUUGAAUGCGAGAAAGCUACACAGUCUAAACUCAAAUACGCUUCUGAGUUCGACCCAUUUCCUUGUCCCCCUCCAUAUUCCUGCUCAAAACUUGACAGCGAUGUGACUGAGAUCCGAAACGAACAUCAGACUCUUGUGUUUGAUGUUAAGAACGGCUUACUUCAGAAGAUAGUUCAUAGCAAUGGACCAGAGACUGUCGUGAGAGAAGAGAUUGGUAUGUACUAUAGUCCUGAUAGUGGAGCUUACCUAUUCAAACCAAAAGGUGAAGCUCAACCGAUUGUUAAAUCCGGUGGACAUCUAGUCAUCUCCGAGGGACUACUAGCCCAAGAAGUCUUCUCGUACCCUAAAACCAGAUGGGAGAAAUCUCCCAUCUCUCACAGCACAAGAGUAUACACUGGAGGCAACACGCUUCAGGAUCUAGUGGUUGAGAUGGAGUAUCAUGUUGAGCUACUCGGAGAAGACUUCAAUGACCAGGAACUAAUUGUCCGGUACAAGACUGAUAUCGACAACAAAAAGGUCUUCUACUCUGAUCUCAACGGUUUCCAAAUGAGCAGGAGGGAAACGUAUGAUAAGAUACCCCUUCAAGGAAACUACUACCCAAUGCCAUCUCUCGCAUUCAUCCAAGGAUCCAGCGGUCAGAGAUUCUCUGUACACUCUCGCCAAUCUCUUGGCGUUGCAAGUCUUGCAGAUGGUUGGUUGGAGAUUAUGCUGGACAGACGCUUGGUCCGUGACGAUGGGCGUGGUCUCGGGCAAGGCGUGAUGGAUAACCGCGCAAUGACUGUUGUUUUCAACCUUCUUGUGGACUUCAACAUCUCUCAGGCGGACUCUGUUUCUAACCCUUCCCUUCUCUCUCACCUCGUAGGUGCUCACUUGAACUAUCCCAUAAACACAUUCAUUGCCAAGAAACCGCAAGACAUAUCAGUGCGUGUUCCGCAAUACGGGUCAUUUGCUCCUUUAGCCAAACCAUUACCGUGUGACCUACACGUCGUGAAUUUCAAGGUUCCACGUCCAUCAAAAUACUCUCUGCCAUUGGAAGAUGACAACCCAAGGUUCGCCAUUAUCCUCAACCGACGAGCUUAUGACAAAGCUAAUUGCCAUAAAGGAAGAAGAGCAAACUGCACAAGCGUGGCUGAUGAACCAGUGAACUUCUCCGACAUGUUCAAAGAUCUUGCAGCUACAAAGGUGAAACCAACUUCGUUGAAUCUUUUGCAAGAAGACAUGGAGAGUCUCGGAUACGAUGAUCAAGAACCACCCCGAGAUGGUUCACAAGGACGUGUCUCGAUCUCUCCCAUGGAAAUACAAGCUUACAAGCUUGAGCUACGACCUCACAAGUAAAAAAAAAGUAUCAUAGUUAAGACUGAUCGUUUGACUCUUUGGCUGGUUACAGCCUCACAAGAUCGUUGACUAAGAGGUUGAGCUCAGAAUCUGCUUCUUGCUAAAAAAGCUGUUCGGGAAACGUAAAACUGACAAAAGAGAGAGUAGAAGCUGGAGAGCCUUUGUGUGUCCAUGUAAAACUACUGUAAGACCUUAGUUACAUAAUUUUCCUUAAAAAUGAACUUUUAAUUUUCAUGGAAAUAAAUAGUUGAAUACAAUCAAUCAUCAACUUAACAUGCAAUGUAACUGAUUAUUUUACUGA